GACAGAGAACGCGCUCUCGAACGGACGCCAUGAUUGUAGGCGUGAUACUCGAGCUGUUGUAGUUCUGUGAGCGUCAGAGCUGGACUGUUCAUCAGACACAUCGUUGGCAGGCAGCUGCUCGUUUACGGAAACGCUCCCUCCCUCCCUCUCUCUCCCUCUCUCUCUCUCUCUCUCUCUGUUUCGUGUUGUGUCCCGGACGUCUGUUUUAAUUUGAAGGGCACGAGGGCAGGAGCAGGAGAGAGGAGCUGCUGCAGCCUGUGUCUUUAAACGCAGGAGAAGGUAUUUGUGUUUCUGAGAUGUAGCCUGCCUGGGAAAAAAAAACUGUCGCCUGCAUCGCUCCAGACCCACCUGCUCCGGCUCACUGUCAUCACCCCGCUGAGGACGGACUGAAGGAAGGAAGGGAGGAAGGUGGAAUGCCGAUGGUCACACCAGGGAGGCGACUGCAAAGGAAAGUUCAGUGUGUUUUUUAGGUUAAUGUUUCACAGAAGAGGACUCAUAUAAAUACUUCCACCGACCUUUACACCUGCAGAGACGCUUUCCUCACAAGAAGACCCAAAGCAGGUACAGAAAUCGUAAGAGAUGGACCAAAAUACUCCAAGCCUAAGCCAGACGCAAGAAGACAACCCAAAUGGAGCAGCAGAAGCUUUAACAACAACUCCAGCAUCAGAUACAGCAGCUCCAGCCACUGAUCCCACUGCUGCUCAGCCUGCAGCUCCCGCCAGGCCGCGGCGGCCUCAGAGAAGCGCAAGAGUAGAGGGCUCCGUCGACAUCUCUGAACCCAAAGCUGACUUCAAAACUGAACCUCCUCCAGUGGCUGAUCAUGAAGAGUCCAGUCCUGAUGGUGCUGCGGCAAGUUGUCCCAAACCAUCUCACCCUGCAGCAGUCAAACCCAACAUUAAGGCUGGUCCUAAAGGUCCAGGCCACCACCCGGUUAGGGCUGCCUCAGUCCCACACCCACCUGCCAGCAAGCCCGUGCCUCCUCACCUGAACCCUCAUGCACAGAGAGCCCUCUCUGUAGCAGGCACAGCUGACACACAGGCCCAGAUUGUGGAAGACUUCAGGGUGCACAUCAUCACUUGGAAUGUGGGUUCAGCUACGCCACCCGAUGACAUCACUUCCUUGCUGGGGCUGAACGUGGGUGAUGGAAACACAGACAUGUACAUUAUCGGGCUGCAGGAAGUGAACUCUAUGAUUAACAAAAGGCUGAAAGAUGUCCUCUUCACAGACCAGUGGAGCGAAGUCUGCAUGGAGAGACUCAGCCCCUUUGGAUAUGUGCUGGUGACCUCCCAACGCAUGCAGGGCUUGUUACUGCUGGUCUUUGCCAAGUACUUCCAUCUGCCCUUCCUCCGCGGCGUCCAGACUGAAACCACCCGCACUGGCCUGGGGGGUUACUGGGGCAAUAAAGGUGGUGUAAGCGCCCGCAUGUCAGUGUUUGGCCACACCAUCUGCUUUCUCAACUGCCACCUGCCGGCUCACAUGGAAAACUCAGAUCAGCGCAUGGAGGACUUUGAGAGCAUCCUGCAGCAGCAGCAGUUUGAGGGUCAGGCUGCCACCGGGGUUCUUGAUCAUGAUGUGGUGUUCUGGUUUGGGGAUCUCAAUUUCCGCAUUGAUGACUUGGAUAUGCAAGUGGUGAAGUCAGCCAUUGAUAACAACAAGCUUCCGAUGUUGUGGGAAAAAGAUCAGCUCAAUAUGGCCAAAGACAGUGAAACAGUGUUGGAGGGUUUCCAUGAGGGUCCACUGAAAUUCCCUCCCACCUACAAGUUUGACGUUGGGACAGAUACAUAUGACACAAGUGGGAAGAAGCGUAAACCAGCUUGGACCGACCGGAUCCUGUGGCGCCUAAGAGCCACUGCAGCUUCCGGCACAGGUGUCAACACAGGGAAGCGUAGCUCCAUUUCAGGGCUGACCAGCGGGACCAAAGUGACACAGCACUACUACCGAAGUUACAUGGAAUACACUGUCAGCGACCACAAACCAGUCUCCUCCAUCUUUACCCUGCAGUUCCCGUACAAGGUGGACAUUCCCCUGGUCAUAAUCACAGUGGAGGACGAGUGGAAUAGUAUUGCUGAUGCCACAGCAAAAUUCAAAAUGGUGCCCAACUUUGCUCGCAGCUCCUGGGACUGGAUCGGACUGUACAAGGUGGGUUUCAAACACCAUAAGGACUAUGUGGGAUAUGUGUGGGCCAAGCAAGAGGAGGCUGAUUUUCAUCGACAGGAACAUCAGGUAACCUUUACUGAGGAGGAGUUGCCCAAAGGCUCAGGGGACUUUAUCUUGGGUUACUAUAGCAACAACAUGAGCACCAUUGUGGGUGUAACAGAGCCAUUUCAGAUCCAGCUUCCCACUUCAGGUCUUGACAACAGUUCUUCAGACAGCUCUGACUUCAGCUCCGAAGAUGACAGCACUGUUGUCCUCAUGAAAACAAGGUCCCGCAGUCCCAGUCCACGCAAGAGCAAGCACUGCAGCCGUCGCAGCGUCAGCCGAAGUCACAGCCGCAGCCGCUCUGGCAGCCCGGAGCAGGCCAAAAUGAAAAUGCUGAAUGUCACUGAUGAUUCUCCAUCCAGCAACACUACAACAACUAAGAGUGAGUCCACAGAACAUCCAGCAGAGGGCAGCAGCAGCCAGACGUCUGCUCCCAAGGAGAAAGAAAAGGACAGAAAGGGUUCAGGGCUGUGAUGCACAACCAAGCCCUGCUGUUGUCACAGGUCACAAAGCCAACUGUUGUGUCUUUUAUUAAAUACAUCCACUACGCUGUAUGUUUUCUGUAAUGAAAAUAUACAGUCUCUGAUGCCAUCCUUUUCAGGAACAGCCAUCUGGUUUGUCCAGAAGGCUACUUUGCCUUGAGUUGUUCUAUUAAGCUGUGCACAUUGUAUAUUUUUUAUUUGUAAACCUUUCACUCUGUCCUGUGUUUCUUCUAUCUUUGUCCGUUCUCAGGUGUGGACAGUACAGGGAGCUGACACCUUGCAUUAGGAAAUACUCAAGGAUAAUAUGGUCAUGUAGAGUAAAAGAGUGAUUACUUUUUACAAACCAUCCUUCCUAUUUUCCGUGUUUGAAACUCUGCACUGAUGUAUCUAUCAGUCAUGUCAGCAGACUGCAUACAGGCAUUGGAAAACGUUGUUGAGAUAAGGAGUAUGACUUGCCACAGACAUUGCUCACAAAUCAUUAGUUUGCUUUAGUUGUGAAACAUGUAUCUGUUAUGAAACAGAUCUGCUCAGACCAAGAGGACCUUCUAGACAUAGUAAAUAGUGCAUUUUAUUCCAAAACAUCCUAUGAAAGCAUCACCAGCUUGGUCAGCAAUCACUCACAUUAUCAGUUUUAGCAAACCUGCAAAUGGAGAUAGCCAUGAAAUUUGUCUUGGCGGCAUGGUUCUACUCUUAUGGAUGUUCAGGUUGCAUUACAGAGCAACACAAUACUUAACACGCAGGUCCAAAUGAUCCACCAAAGGGGGGAAAAAAAGUCCCUGGAGGGUACAUAAAAACAGAGCAGAACUAAAGUAGGCGGAGGCUGGGGUCCAGGGGGCUCGGCCACUAGCCAUGGCAGCAGCGCAGCACGUCAGCACAGAGUGUAUUUGAGUGUAAAGGCCUUUAAAUAGACCGCCAAAUCAGUACAGUGGGAUGUGAUGAGGGUAGGCUGUCAGCUGAUACUGCAUAGCUGCUUUGCCAGAGCUAGUCCAUUAAUUGUUGGCCACUGCUGGGCCAGCUACAUUGGUAACAACUACAGCAAUAUCUGAGCCAGGAAUCAUGCAGUAUAUUGCUUUGCCAUGUGAGUUAAUGGGCCUUAUCUAAGAAAUAAUUUACUCAGAAAACAAAAAUGACAUAUUUGUUUUUAUUCGAUUUCAUGAUGUUUUUAACAUGGAAGGAAGUAAAACUCUGGAUAUCGCUGACAAAUGUGAGCAGGAACUCUACUGUGUAGAGCUACUACAGUGCUUUGCAUUAUACUGAAAGUAGUAUGAUACAAAGCUGACAUGUUCCACUAUGGAAUAUCACAAUGCUUCUGUGAUAUUUCAAAUAAAUAAAAACUUGUCCUUUUUAUUUCUUUUGAUUAUUUUGAUUUUGACUUUUUGUUUUUUGCUUUAUUUCAGUUCACAGUUCCUCUUUUUUUUUGUUUUUGUGUUUUCUCUCACUCAGAUCCUCUUUUACAGGUCCUGGUGAUUAGCUGAGUGACAAUAGUCGUGUUGCAUUGUUACCGUGUGACCUCUGAUGCACCAUCUUAGACACUUUUGGGCCGUUAGCGUAGGACAGUGUAUACUGUUGUAGCUGUAACCUCAGUGUGUAUGUGUGUAAUCAGUUUGUGUGUGUAUGUGUUUUUAUGGAUGUGUGUGUGUGUGUGUGUGUUUUGGAUGGUGUGGGGUGCCUGUUUGUGUGUGUAGCGAACAGUGGCAUGAAUGGGGGGUGUGACUGAGCUUGCAUGGUUUGCUGCUGGACAUACUGUACAUUCCGGUACUGUGAUUUUUGUGCCGUAAAGUGCUGUUUUUGACUCCUCUUUGUUAUGAUCGUGGCUGUGAAAAAUUGUUAGAAAAACAUGGUAAGGACAGUAUAAAAAUUUAAACUUCAGUAUAAAUGUUAGGUGAAGAAAAUGCAAGACAGUUCUGCUUGUAUAAUUCUGAACUUGUUUGAAUCAUUUCAUAGUGCAUUUGUGUAUUUUCUUGAUUUUUAAAUGAAAAAUCUAUUGGACUUUGUGUAGAGUGUUUAAAAAAUGUUAAAGAUUGUAUGACUUUGUCCUACUUUAGGUAAUUUAGAAGUAUGAUGAGUUCUGCAGUCAUGACUAUUCACUCAUAUCUAUUGUGAAAUGUUAAUGAAGAAAAUGCUCUGUCUACAGAAUGUUACUGUUUUGUAAUGAUGUGGCUAAAAUAGAAGAAAUAUCUAUGUAAAGAACAUAUUAAGUAUGGUAGAAAAUAUGUAAUAGAAGACAAUCUAUGCCACAAAGAUUAUUUUACUUAAAUUAUGUAUUUAUUUUCUUAUUUACUGUAACUGUUAAAUGAGCCUGAAUUCUGCUGGCCAGUGAGGGAGCAUUAUUUCAAUGGAAAUGUCAAAAUACGAUAAUAAAUUAUUGAUAAUUAUUUUCUUUUUCUAUUAGGAACUAUAAAGAGAGAGUUUGAUUUCUCCAGUUUUCAUUUUAGUAAAGUCAGAUCAGAUGUUGCUUUUAUUGUCUAAAGUGUAGAUUGUUUAGUCUACAGUUCUUUGUAAAUUGUGUAUGAAAUCAAUUUAAAAUAACAAAUUAGCAAGCCUGCAAGAUAAUUAUUGUCGGUAUAUGAAAGUGUUUAAAAUCAUCUGAUCUGUGUGGUGAGACGGGUUUAUAGGGGUUGCUUGCUUUGUUAUCGAACUCAAAAACUAGUGCAACACUGUCCAAAGGAAUAAUAUACUAUCCUUCAAA